AUGCCCCCUCCCAAUCUAGCCUUGGCUGCUUUCUUGAGAAAGCCGUUACGGAAGAAAUAUACACAGUCUCCUCAAUCAGCCUACAGUCUCCUCCAUCAGCCUACAGUCUCCUCCAUCAGCCUACACAGUCUCCUCCAUCAGCCUACAGUCUCCUCCAUCAGCCUACACAGUCUCCUCCAUCAGCCUACAGUUUCCUCCAUCAGCCUACACAAUCUCCUCCAUCAGCCUACACAAUCUCCUCCAUCAGCCUACAGUCUCCUCAAUCAGCCUACAGUCUCCUCAAUCAGCCUACACAGUCUCCUCCAUCAGCCUACAGUCUCCUCCAUCAGCCUACAGUCUCCUCCAUCAGCCUACAGUCUCUUCCAUCAGCCUACAGUCUCCUCCAUCAGCCUACAGUCUCCUCCAUCAGCCUAUAGUCUCCUCCAUCAGCCUACAGUCUCCUCCAUCAGCCUCCUCCAUCAGCCUACAGUCUCCUCCAUCAGCCUACAGUCUCCUCCAUCAGCCUACAGUCUCCUCCAUCAGCCUAUAGUCUCCUCCAUCAGCCUACAGUCUCCUCCAUCAGCCUACACAGUCUCCUCCAUCAGCCUACACAGUCUCCUCCAUCAGCCUACAGUUUCCUCCAUCAGCCUACACAAUCUCCUCCAUCAGCCUACACAAUCUCCUCCAUCAGCCUACAGUCUCCUCAAUCAGCCUACAGUCUCCUCAAUCAGCCUACACAGUCUCCUCCAUCAGCCUACAGUCUCCUCCAUCAGCCUACAGUCUCCUCCAUCAGCCUACAGUCUCUUCCAUCAGCCUACAGUCUCCUCCAUCAGCCUACAGUCUCCUCCAUCAGCCUAUAGUCUCCUCCAUCAGCCUACAGUCUCCUCCAUCAGCCUCCUCCAUCAGCCUACAGUCUCCUCCAUCAGCCUACAGUCUCCUCCAUCAGCCUACAGUCUCCUCCAUCAGCCUAUAGUCUCCUCCAUCAGCCUACAGUCUCCUCCAUCAGCCUACACACCUACAGUCUCCUCCAUCAGCCUACAGUCUCCUCCAUCAGCCUACAGUCUCCUCCAUCAGCCUACACAGUCUCCUCCAUCAGCCUAUAGUCUCCUCCACCAGCCUACAGUCUCCUCCAUCAGCCUACAGUCUCCUCCAUCAGCCUAUAGUCUCUUCCAUCAGCCUACAGUCAACCCCAUCAGCCUACAGUCUCCUCCAUCAGCCUACAGUCUCCUCCAUCAGCCUACACAGUCUCCUCCAUCAGCCUACACAAUCUCCUCCAUCAGCCUACACAGUCUCCUCCAUCAGCCUACACAAUCUCCUCCAUCAGCCUCCUCCAUCAGCCUCCUCCAUCAGCCUACAGUCUCCUCCAUCAGCCUACAGUCACCUCCAUCAGCCUACAGUCUCCUCCAUCAGCCUACAGUCUCCUCCAUCAGCCUACAGUCUCCUCCAUCAGCCUACACAAUCUCCUCCAUCAGCCUACACAGUCUCCUCCAUCAGCCUACACAAUCUCCUCCAUCAGCCUCCUCCAUCAGCCUACAGUCUCCUCCAUCAGCCUACAGUCACCUCCAUCAGCCUAUAGUCUCCUCCAUCAGCCUACAGUCUCCUCCAUCAGCCUACAGUCUCCUCCAUCAGCCUACACAAUCUCCUCCAUCAGCCUCCUCCAUCAGCCUACAGUCUCCUCCAUCAGCCUACAGUCUCCUCCAUCAGCCUACAGUCUCCUCCAUCAGCCUACAGUCUCCUCCAUCAGCCUAUAGUCUCUUCCAUCAGCCUACACAGUCCCCUCCAUCAGCCUACAGUCUCCUCCAUCAGCCUACACCUACAGUCUCCUCCAUCAGCCUACACAGUCUCCAUCAGCCUAUACAGUCUCCUCCAUCAGCCUACAGUCUCCUCCAUCAGCCUACAGUCUUCUCCAUCAGCCUACAGUCUCCUCCAUCAGCCUACACAGUCUCCACAAUCAACCUACAGUCUCCUCCAUCAGCCUACAGUCUCCUCCAUCAGCCUACAGUCUCCUCCAUCAACCUACAGUCUCCUCCAUCAGCCUCCUCCAUCAGCCUACACAAUCUCCUCCAUCAACCUACAGUCUCCUCCAACAGCCUACAGUCUCCUCCAUCAGCCUACACAAUCUCCUCCAUCAGCCUACACAGUCUCCUCAUCCUCCAACUGACUGAUGACAUUCUAUGCAGCAUCCAUGCAGAAACACCCCAUCACAGGCACCAAGGUGGGAUGUGA